GUAAACUGAGUAUGGAUAUAAACCGAAAUGAAGAAAGAAGAAGUAUUUUUCCAAAACGUACAUGUACACAGAAGGUUCCUCAAAAUACAGAGUUUGGACAAGAAGAAGGUGAUAGCUGGUCUUCUUUUGAGGACAGUGAUGACUAUGAAUGUCCAGAUGACCAGGAAACUGGAGUAGACUAUGAAACACCAAAUGAUGAAGACAGUAUAGGAGAUGAAAAUGAUGGGGAUUAUGAACCUCCUCCUUCAAAUGAUGACGAGACACACCGUAAUGCUAUAUUUCCUUCCAAAUCAAUUCCAGCACCCUCUGAAUACGUAGAUAGAGCUGCAGCAGUUAAAACAUCUCUUCAGCCUCCUGUUCCACCUCAGAGGUCUGUUCCCUCUCCAACACCAGCAGCUCAGGGAGGCAGAGGUACUGGGCAGCCACUGUUCACUUCACCUUCAAGCAAUGACAGCAGCAGAGAAAAAAACAUCCAGACUUUUAAACCUCCUAUAGAUCGAAGCAAAAAGCCCCCACUGAAUCGAUCUGGGCCACCAUUGGACAGAGACCUACUAAGAGGAGCCAAAAGAGCAAUGCUUUCUGAAAUGUCUUUGACACCACAGCUCAGAUCUCUAGGAGAAGAGCUGGCAAAGAUACAAAAGCCUCCUGUGCCAUCAAAUGAAAAGCAUGAAAGACAUAAUCCUGCCUCUAGAAGGAUGCCACCACCCAUACAGAACAGCCAGGCAUCUGAAAGAAAGUUAGAAGUGGAAGAUGUCAAUGUUCCCCAAAGACCAGUUCCUCAGCCACCUUCACAAUUCUUUAACACAUUCCCUUCCAGAACUACUAAACCAGUAUCUAAACAGAGUCCUUUGCCACCCAAGAGUAUACCUGAUGCAUAUACAGAAAGCACUGUUUCAUCAAGUGGAUCACUACCAUCACGCCUUCAUCCAAGCAACAUCUGCAGAACCUUUUCCAAAGGCAAAGCAGACAGCAGACCACCACUGCCAAUCCCAAACAGACAAACUACACAAACACCCAACAUUGAAUAUGAAGGGGAGCAAGAAUUAUACAAGGCCUCUCUAAAUCAGAAAUGGUAUGCUGCUGAUAUUACCCGGACUGAAGCAGAAGUUGCCCUUAGGAACAUAAACCAGGAUGGCACUUUCUUAGUAAGAAACAGCUCAAGAAAAACUCUUGAACAACCCUAUGUCUUGAUGGUGUUAUACAAUGACAAAGUAUACAAUCUUCAGAUACGAUACCACCCAGAAGAUCAAAUAUACUUCUUAGGAACUGGUCUGAGAGGAAGUGAGGAUUUUACUUCAGUGGCUGACAUUAUUGAUUACUACAGAAAAGCACCUCUUCGACUUAUAGAUGGAAAGGACCGAGGUUCAAGACAGCAGUGCAUGUUAACAUAUGCCGCUGGAACUCUUUAGAAGAAUUUUUUUUAUGAAGAACCAGUUCAGAAGCCACCUUACUUGUGUCCCAAAGAAGUUAGCAGAGUAAUUGAUGUAUAUUUGAUGAACUUAAAUAAAAACUAAUUAUCUUUAAUUUUUAUGUAAUAGAAUUAAUUACCUCAGUUUUCAGAUUUUACUCCCUUUAUCAUCAGGUAUUAUUUCUCAUUAAGCAUAUACUUUGUGGGACUGUUCAUGAGUAUAACAUCGAUUCUCCUAAAUCCAUAUUAAGUAUUGUUAGGUCUGUGAUCUUUGUGUUGCUUUCUUCAAGUACAGGAUAUGGCACUGUAAAAUUAUCAUCCAAAUCACGUGUAUAGUAAUUAAUACAAGCAGCAGAAUACAACUCAAUGUUUCACAGUUUUGAGCUUGUCAAAAGUUC